CUAUCGUCUCUUUUCUUGCUCUCACACCAGCUUUUCCGUCGCGUCCUUUUCAAGGGUUCUGCGACCUGUAGACCCAACGACGCGAUGGCUACACCAACCAUAAUAACAGUCAAUCCAGAAGCGCAGAAGACAGAAAAGCCUUUGACGGUGGAAAUUAGAAACAACAAGGUCGUUUUCAAGCAAAAGAUCGUCUCUCUUGAGAAGCAGUCAGAGACUCUUCAGGAGAUCGUCAAAUUUCGCGAACUACUGGAAUAUCGCAUGUCUAGUGGUGGUAGCCCUCUUGUCACAAUACCCAAUGAAUAUCAGCCUGUCGUUGCCAAACUGGCAUUCGAAAGUGAUAAGUCCUUGCAAGUUAUUGCCAGACAUAUCAAGCAAGAACUACUACCUGUUCAGGACGAUGAAGAUAGAGAUGUAUCUGCCUGUCUACCUGUGGCAGCCGUCGAAGCUGUCAUCAAGUCCACGAUGAAUCGUAACAACUACGGCUUAGACGCGUUACCCGGAGUCAAACUUCCUUCAUCUUCGUGUGUUUGGCGAUGGGAAAUGAAAGAGCAAUAUAAAGAUUGGCUGCCCAAAGCAGUACGAGAGAAAACGGAAGCUAGAAUCGCGGAGAGAGUCGAGGCAAAAAAGGUGUUGAAGACGCUCUUUGAGGCUUUGCCACAGCAAGAGCGGGAUUCGAUGCUUGGUUGUAAGGGUGCUGCCACUGCCAUUUCUCCUGCGAGAGACGCAUUACAAGCAUUCCCCACGAAUACCUCCCAGGAGGAUGCCGUUCACCUUUGUUCGCAGCCGGAGCAGGACCGAGAACUAUCGAAGGAACCGCCGGACAACCAGAGCGGUGGCAGUAGUAGCAAACGUCCCAAGAAGGCCGCGGAUCCCGUGAGAGCAGCAAAGGAGAAGGAGAAAUCAGAAAAGAAGGCUGCAAAAGCGGAGAAAGAGAAAAAAGAAAAAGAAUCCCAGAACAAGUCCCGCUCUUUGAUGGCGACCUUCUUCAGCAAACCUAAAGCUUCUGCUCCUGCUCCCACUAGCAGUAAGCCAGAGACACAAGUCGCGAGUUCGUCGACUACGACAUCGGAUUUCGAUCGCAUGUUCAAACCCUUUGUGCUGAAGAAGGAUGCCGAGCUCGCCCCAUGGAACCAGUUCCUCCAAAAACGCUGUCCACGUGGUUCACAGGACGAUGUUAUAGUCAUUGACGACGAUGACGAAAUGUCAAUAACGACUACAUGUCAGAAACCCUCUGAAGUUCAAGUUGAGAAACUGACACCCCAAGAGCGUCUACAGGAUAUUCUGUCUUCAAUUGCAGGUCUCGCGCCUUCCCCGACGCGCCGUAGGACAUCUACGCCGUUUAAAGCGUAUAGCUCCGUUUCAGUUCGGGAUAUGGUUACUCAGCUCUCCGAAGCCGAGGUAACUGGGGACACAGGACUUGUCCGCGAACUGCUCUCGAAACUCUGUGAUCGCGCAACUGUCCCCGCUAAGGUGUUCAUAUUCGCCGACGAUGCGCGGCCUGGUUAUUUCGGAACAUGGACAAGAAGCUCGAAAACGAUAGGGCCGCGAACACCGCUUCAUAGAGACACCUUAGAAUUUGAUUACGCGUACGACAGUGGCGAAGAAUGGGAAGAAGAACCACUCGGCGAAGCGGACGACGUUGUCGACGAUGAGGACGACGAAGGAGAAGUAGAGGAUCCCGACUCUGAUAUGGGUGAUUGGCUAGUGGACGAUGACGACGAAGAGCCGGGAACACCCUUGGAGGAUAGGGAGAUGUCUUUUCUACCCGACAUUUCUCGUGCGCCCAAACGAAAACCCGAAGCGACGGAAAACAAACCGCCGAAGAAGAGAAAAAUUGUCGUCCCUCUAGUGCCUUACGCAAAAGGCCCUUAUUGGGAAGAUGUUAUCGGUGAAUGUCCAUACGACGCGUUCAAACCUUAUCGCAUCAGACUUUUCAACGACACUCCAUUCCCUAUUAAUCCUUUCACAUUUUGCUCAAUGCCACAACAAAUACCAUCGGCAUUUGCUGCUGCAUCCAGGCAUGAUGACCAUGGAUUCACUGUACCUUCGAUCCCUGUUCGACCCGGUAAAGCCCAGGAGUCCUCCAACGUGGCCGUACAGCCAUGGGUUGUCGUUCCGAAGGAUUCUGUGCCAAAGAAGGUGGCACCUCUACCAAAGACAGUGUUUCCCGAGGCCCAUUUACCGUUAUUACUUUCCAAGAUCAACGCACUUCAAACGACCAACUUAACGUUCCUCGUCGAAGCCAUAUAUCAAGAUUUACGGGCGCACAAGGUCAAGAAGAAUGCAAUCGAGGCCAAGGUGCGAGAGGUGGGAGAGAAAAAUAAAGACACGAAGUUCUGGAAGGUUAAGCCAGACUUCGAGCAGGAGAACACCGCUACGCAGGCAUAAGGAUAUUAACACAUUUCUCAUGUCCUAUCUAACUUAAGUUGCUCUUUUAUGGCUCCGUUUUUGUCUUGGUUUCUAAUAAACUAGACGGACUAUUAUACACAUUAUGAGGCUACAUGUGCUGGACAUUCAUAAGUAUCCUGAUACACAGAUCAGGAUGUAGCCGCUGUCCAUAGCUGUUCGGUAUAUUCGACCUCGGUGUGUCUCCCAUCAAACUGUAUGCAUUGGAUGUCACCUGUCAAUGAGC